GCGGGGCUGCGGGCUCACUCGGGUACCAGCGCCGCUGCAUCCCGGCCGCGCUCCCAGCACCCGCGGUCCGCGCCGCCCGCCAGGCCCUCUCUCGGCUCCCGCUCCGGCCCCGGCAGCUCAGAGGUCCCCGCGCGCAGCGCAGCUCAGUCCAGCAGGGCAGCGGCGGCGGUGGGCGCAGAGCGAGAUGCGGCGCUUCGGGGCUUCCCUGUUGUGUCUGCUGCUGGCCGCGGUGGUACCCACCGCUCCUGCGCCGGCUCCGACGACCUCGGCUCCCGGCAAGCCCGGCCCGGCUCUCAAGUACCCGCAGGACGAGGCCACCCUCAACGAGAUGUUCCGGGAGGUGGAAGAGCUGAUGGAGGACACGCAGUACAAACUGCGCAGCGCGGUGGAGGAGAUGAAGGCAGAAGAAGCUGCUGCCAAAGUGUCAUCAGAAUUGAACCUGGCAGACUUACCUCCCAACUACCACAAUGAAACCACCAUGGAGAAGAAGGUGGGAAACCGCACCAUCCAUGUGCACCGCAAGAUUCACAAGAUAACCAACAACCAGACUGGACAAACAGUCUUCUCAGAGACAGUUAUUACAUCUAUGAGAGGGGAAGAAGGCAAAAGGAACCAUGAAUGCAUCAUUGAUGAGGACUGCGGGCCGGGCAGGUACUGCCAGUUUUCCAGCUUUGAGUACACCUGCCAGCCGUGCCGGGAGCAGCAGACACGCUGCAUCCGGGACAGUGAGUGCUGUGGAGACCAGCUGUGCACCUGGGGUCGCUGCACCAAAACGACCACCAAAGGCAGCAACGGGACCAUCUGUGACAACCAGAGGGACUGCCAGCCCGGGCUGUGCUGUGCCUUCCAGAGAGGUCUGCUGUUUCCUGUGUGCACACCCCUGCCUGUGGAGGGUGAGCUCUGUCAUGACCCUGCCAGCCGGCUCCUGGACCUCAUCACCUGGGAGCUGGAGCCCUAUGGAGCACUGGGCCGAUGCCCAUGUGCCAGUGGCCUCUUCUGCCAGCCCCACCGCCACAGCCUGGUGUACGUGUGCAAGCCGGCCUUCGGUGGGGGCCGUGAGAAGGACAGAGAGAGCCUGCUGCCCAGAGAGGUCUUCGAGUUCGGAGAUGGCUUCAUGGCAGAAGUACGCAAGGAGCUGGAGAGCCUGGAGAGGAGCCUGUCUGAGGAGAUGGUUCCCAAGGAGCUGGGUGUGGUCUCCGAGCUGCUGGAAGGAGAGAUUUAGAGUCAGACCUGUUCUGCGGGUAGAUGUGCAAUAGAAAUAGCUAAUUUAUUUCCCCAGGUGUGUCCUCCAGGUGUGACCAGGCUUCUUCCCAUUUCCUCUUCCCAGUAAAUUUUCCCUCAGCUUAAAACUUCUGCCUUGACAAAAUGCAGUGCUGUGCAUUGGUCCAACUCCCCCAGACUGCCCCCGCACCUCACAGUUCUGACGCUUGGGAAAGACAGGGAUGGGAAGGGAGGAGGGUUCUGGAGUGAAGGCAGAACUGGGCUUCUAAACUUGGUCCAAAUUAUUGGCCAUUUUGCCUCUAAUGUUUGGCAGAUGCCACGUUUUCGUCUCCAUCGUUACAAGAAUUGUUGGGGGGAAAGGGAGGGAAAAGGAUGUGUAGGCCGCCAUGAAGGGUUUUGGGGAAAUGUUGACUCUUACAGAUGCAGAGAAGAGCACCCUGUCUUGUAAACAUAAACCUGGCAGAAAUAUAAUACGUGAAUUUUGUGUGUCAUUCUUUCCAUGGGCGGAGACGAACUGCCCUCUGCUACUGCAGAUGAACUGUUCUAACUCUAACUCUGCAUUAUGUGCAUUCAUCCUUUCAGCAGUUUUACUCAGCUCCUACCUCUGUGCCAGGGCAGCAUUUUCAUAUCAAUUUACAUUCUCACCACAGCCUGGGGAGGGAGGCAUUAUUCUACCCAGCUGUCAGGGACCUCAGAGGCUCAGAGAGUUCAAGGGACUUGCCCAAGUCACAGCUAGUGAAGACCAGAAGCAGGAUUUUGGCUGGUGUGACUCCCAGCCCAGUGCUCUUUCCCCUAUUCCAUACUAGCCUCCAAGCCACCAACAGUUCCCCCAAAUGGAGGGAAAUGGGAUUUUUCUUUUCUUUUCUUUUCUUUUCUUCCCUCCCUCCCUCCCUUCCUCCUUUCCUUCCUUCUUUGGCACAUCUGGUAUUAAAGUCAAACUAAUCCAUGCACCUCUAUAUGAUUAAACUUCUACUGUUAGAAUUAGUGGUGUUCUCACCUGUGUGUGGGCGGCCAUCAUCUAAUGGAGACAAAUGGUUUUGACACUGUCCCCUGUGGCAGUUACAUUAAUAACUUUGAAGUUACAUGAUUGGAGCAUUAUGUGUAAGUUAACUUGCCAGAAACAGAACUUGGGUAAUUAAAGGGCCAGGAUUAUAAAUAACAUUUGCAAAAUCACUCAGCAGUAACUGAAGACCAUUAUCAACCACAUGGAGAAAAUCAAACCAAGCAAGGCUCUAUGAAUUAUGGUUGUAAUAUCCAAACCCUGAGAACACUGAACUCUGUGCCGUUCAACAGAUGAUAUUUUCAGGCACCGUGAACUGUUUCCAUCAUGUAUUCAUCCAGAAUUAUUAAAUUUUAAAGCUGCACAUGAUUGUAUAUGCAUGCUUUCUUUGAGUUUUAAAUUAUGUAUAAACACAAAUGUUGCAUUUAGAAAUCAAACAUAAAUCACUUCAACUACUCUU